AUGCCUUCAGUCGUUGAAAAUGCCUCGACUUCGACAAUUCGGGGAGGACAUGAAGAGUCGCGCCCACGACUCUCAGAACCCCUGCAGUAUUCAGGAUCAUUAGACUCGUAUUCCCACCAAGACUUGACGCCGGUCAUUGGUAGAGAGUACCAGGGUCUCCAGGUGGCAGAAAUCCUCAAGUCGGAGAACUGCGACCAGAUUAUGAAGGAUCUCGCGGUGACCAUUUCCAAGAGAGGCGUCGUCUUUCUGCGCGAUCAAAAUGUCACACCACAACAGAUGCGCGAAUUCGGUGAAAAGCUGACUCUCCUAGCCGGUUGCCCCGAGUCCUCCGGCCUCCACGUCCACCCCCUUACCGAAGAAGGCAGUGAACUGGGCGACCAAAUCAGCGUCAUCAGCAGCGAAAAACAAAAGAAAGGAGGCGGUCUUACCCACCAACUCAGUGACACGAGCCGAUUUGCCUCAGUAGGAUGGCACACCGACAUCAGUUUCGAGCGCGUGCCUUCCGACUACGCCAUGCUCAAGAUUCAUACUCUUCCCGAGACAGGCGGCGACACUCUCUGGGCCUCAGGAUAUGAGAUCUAUGAUCGCCUGUCACCUGAAAUGGCAGCUUUCCUGGAAGGACUGACGGCCACUCAUGACGCCAACUUCUUCCAUGAUGAGGCGCGCCGGUUGGGAAAUCCGCUGCGGAAGGGAAUCCGAGGGUCGCCCCUCAACUCGGGCGAGGACCUCAAGGCUGUGCAUCCCGUGAUCCGGACUAACCCUGUCACGGGCUGGAAGUCGGUCUAUGUGAACAAGGGAUUCACCAAGCGUAUCAACGGUGUGACGAAAGAUGAGUCGGAUAUGCUGCUACACUAUCUCUUCAAUCUGGUCACCCAGAACCACGACGCGCAGGUUCGCUUCAAGUGGAACAAGAAUGAUAUGGCUGUGUGGGAUAACAGAUCUACCUGGCAUUGCGCCACCUACGACUAUGUAGAAGCCCGGGCUGGUGACCGGGUCUGCAGUCUGGGCGAGGCUCCUUACUUGGAUCUCCAGUCCAAGUCGAGGAAGCAGGCGUUGUCGGAGGCUUAGACUGAGGCGAUCGUGUGCGGAUAAUUAGUUCAUGUGGCAGGUACCACGGGAAAUGCAGUAAUGAAUUACAAGCUCGUGUUUGGCAGACUCAUUUAUGGGUCUUGACUUGUAUGAUGGAUAUCACAAUAGCGUCUUUUGGUAGCUCU